CACAUCUUUUGUCCUCCAGUCCUAACUUUCUUGACCACGAAAUCGGCCUGCUCAGGUUCAUCAAAACAGAGAAACGAAAGCAGAGAGAGAGAGAGAGAGAGAUUGAGAGUGAGAACAAUGGGUCAGUUGUGGACAACGUACAAAAGCUUCCGUGCACUCGCAGGACCAGUAAUCAUGCUGUUGUAUCCUUUACAAGCAUCGGUAAUGGCCAUAGAGAGCAGACCGAUGAACGUGGCAGAAAAUGAGCAGUGGCUCGCUUACUGGAUCCUGUACUCGUUCCUCACCCUCAUGGAGAUGCUACUCCAACCCCUCUUGCAAUGGAUACCGAUAUGGUACGACGCGAAGCUACUGUUCGUGCUGUGGCUGGUCGUUCCUAAUUAUAAAGGGGCGGCUUUUCUUUACGACAAGAUCGUGAGAGGGCAUCUGCUGAAGAAACUCGGACACUACACAGACCGUUACAAGUCGUUCUGAUGAUAUUUCUUCUACUGACACAUUUCUCUCCCUCUUUGCUCCAAAGUUAUUAAUUGUGUACUUCCUCAUGAUUUGGCAAGAAACUUAUCAAAUAAAAAGGGUUUGGCUUUAAUACACUGAAGACCAAUAUCGAUUAUCAAAUAAAGUAGACAUUUGCAGAA